AUGGCACUCAAAAGAAUCCAGAAGGAACUCCAAGAUUUGGGACGUGAUCCACCGGCACAAUGUUCUGCAGGCCCUGUAGGCGAUGAUUUGUUCCAUUGGCAAGCUACGAUUAUGGGUCCUCCUGAGUCACCAUACCAAGGAGGAGUGUUUUUCCUCACCAUUCACUUCCCUACAGAUUAUCCAUUCAAACCACCAAAGGUAUGGUUUAAUAGUUAA